ACUGAGGCACAAAUGCUCCUUCUGUCACUAGCUGGUGGCUUCCAUAACAGCCAAUAGCAUUCUCAGUGUCCUUUUCUGGCUCUCUUCCUAUUGGCUGCUACAUCCCAGCUGAGUGCAUGGGGGAGAGGGACAGGCAAUGAUUGACACAAAGGAAAGUGGGUGUCACAAAGCUGCUGCACCACUUCAAUCACGUGCUUUCUAUUCUCAUUCCUUGGGAAUUCCCAGUCCUCCUGGGAUCUUCUGUUCCCUAGGAGCUGCCUUUGUUUAUCUGGCCAGCAGCUUCAAUUCCCAAGGACCUGCCCAUGUGGACCUUGCUAACUGCCACUCCUGCUGGGGGAUCAGUGGAACCAGCUCAGAACAAAGGUCAGAUUACUGUUGCCUCCCCCAGCUUUCAGGAAUAAUAUUGCAGCUAAACUGGUGUGAACCGGAAGGAGAAGCAAAGAAGGGUACAAUGGAGACCAGUGCUCCUGAGGACUUGUUCUCCUGGUUACCCGAUGAGUUGGCAUUGCGCAUCCUCUGGUACCUUGAUGGCAAGGAGAUCCUGCAGGUGGCACAGACUUGCCAGCGCUGGAGACAGUUGGCUGAGGAUGAAGGUCUGUGGCAGGGAAAGUGCAAGGCUGAUCGGAUCGCAGAACCGCCGGACAUGACAAAAAGCAGAGAUCCUGGUUUUACGGCCGGUCCAUGGAAGAGAGCCUACAUGAACCAGCACAGGAUCAAUACCAACUGGCACCAAGGAAGAUUCAAGUCAAUAAACUUACGUCUAAGGCACGACGAUGAAGUCAUUGUACGUAUGGAAUUCGAUGGGAGGAGAAUACUCACGAGUGACCGUUGGAACACCAUAAAGGUGUGGUCAUCAGUCACUGGAGAAUGUUUGAUAACUCUGGUUGGCCACACAGAUAUCAUAUUUACAACACAAAUGAGGGCUGAUGUAAUAAUUAGCGGAUCUUUGGAUCAAACGUUAAAAGUAUGGAAUGCAGAGAGCGGCGUCUGCAUUCACACCCUGUUUGGCCACACCGCCGCCGUAGAGUGCGUCCAUCUCUGUGGCCAAAGGGCAGUAAGUGGUUCCCAAGACAAAACCAUCCGAGUUUGGGAUAUUGAGACAGGCCAGUGCCUUCAUGUCCUCAGGGGGCACCAAGACUUUAUCAAAUGUGUCAGAUAUCAUGGCCAAAGAGUGGUGAGCUUUGCUUAUGAUUCUACAGUAAGAAUAUGGGACCCGGAGAGAGGGAUCUGCCUGCUCACUCUGCAAGGUCCCGCCGACAAGACUUCUACUUUAGAGUUUGAUGGGGGCCGAGUUGUCACUGUGUCUGACAGGACCACCAUAAGGGUCUGGGAUAUGGAAACUGGGCGAUGUAUCCAGACACUAAGUGGGUACCCAUUCGCUAUUAGUGCAGUGGCACUGGCUGGAAAUAUUCUUGUGUGUGGAAAUUCCGACUGCACCGCUAAAGUGUGGGACAUUAACGCAGGGCGGUGCUUAUGUACAUUGCGGGGUCCGGACCAAAUCCCAAGCCGAAUGGAAAGUCUGCAGCUCAGAAGGAACUGUGUGAUUGCUAGCUCCUAUGAUGGAACCAUGAUGCUGUGGGACUGGAAAAGUGGUGCAUUUCUGCUGAAUCUGGCGCUGUCCCAAACAAAAGGGCCUUGUUUCACCCAGUUCCACGUGUCCGACACAAAACUCGUCUGUGCCGUUUCCAAGAGAUCCAGAUUCACGUCUGAGCCAACAAAGGUGCUCGUUCUGGACUUUGAUACUGACGGGAAACAAUAAUCAGAGGAACAAAUCUGCCCCCAUUCCCAGGCCGGAUGAUUCUUCUCCUUUGUCCCUGCACCAGUGACACGGGGAUAAUUACACUGGAAAUUGGGAAAGUGGGAUUUACUUUUAUAUCCUGAACCUGAGAGUGUAAAGUGGAAGACUGUUCAUAUGAGUUUAAUAAAAAGGGAUUUGAUUUGAGAAUA